AAUGGAUGCUCCAAGUAGUACCAUGGAAAUUACUGAGUCUAUAGUGGAACUCUCCCAUUCUCUGGCUCUACACACAAAGAAUGGCAGCCUUCUUACAAAACCAUUAUGUGUCUAACUAGUUUCAGUAAUACACUACUAGUUCAUAGACAGCCAUUCAGCUACAUCUCCCACCAGAACACACAAUUCAUGACAGCACAGAAAAGAGGAUUUACCACAGCUUUGUUAAAUAUACAACCUAGUUCUUCAAUUGACUUGAUUUGAGGACACAGAAAUCAAUUUUAUUCUGUGUAAUAACCUACAAUAGGAGAAUUAUGAAAAGAAAAUGAAGCAACAGGAAAAAAGAGAAACGAUUGUGAAAAAAAGUACAAAUACGACAUAAUUCUUUGAUAGAAAUAUUAGAGGAAAAUAUUAACCAAAUCCAUAAUCUUUAAGGAUACAAAGAGGGAAAUAAAGCAGUCAAAACAGCCAAAACAUUGGGCGGCAGGGAUGGUAAUAAUUUGGACAAGGCCCCAAAGACAACAUGCCAACAGUAGGACAACAAACAUUAAAAGUAGUAAUAGUCACAGGGUCCAAAAUCUGGGUUUGGAUGAGAAAACGGAAAGAAAUAUUAUAUAUAUAUUACAUUAUAUAUAUAAAUAUAUAAUGUAAUAUAUAUGAUGCUGCCAAACGACUUCCAAAUACAUAGUGUGAAAAAUAAAAGUAAAAAAUUUUAAACGCCCAACUUAGGUGAGGCAGAGGAUGAGGAAGAAUGCUUUGAGGAGUUUUUCUGCUAAUAGUAUAUAAUUCUGAUGUAUGUACUUUAUCCAAUUAUAACCAAGUUCCAAUUAUUUGCUUAUACAGAUAAUGAAUCACCAAUGUUGUUGACUCUGUACUACCUUAGCUACUCCCCCAAGUGAUGGAAGUUUCAGCAGAUGGUCCAUCUCUAUUUUUCUGGUAAAACAUUUGUUGUGAAAGAAAUAUAAAGUUGAGAAGCCAAAUGAAAUUUCUGAAUUGGCUUUAAAACGAAAUAUCCUUUCUUCCUCUGGCUCCAGUAUCAGAAAGAGUUGAGAGGUAGCUAUGUUAAGUAUUCAUUAAAGAAGCACCCUUGAAGCAACACAAUUUAAAAGGUGAUUUUUCAGCAAUUAGAAAUUGCUUUUGCAGAUCUACUUUGCAAACAGUUUCAAAGCACUUUCAGUCGUGGUUAAUUCCAAUAUUUAACAAAGUUGAAUUUUUUUUACCUACAAACUCACAAUCAUCAGAAAUGUAGCAUCAGAACUAGACAUAAACGGGAGAAGAAGAUCUGAUGUGAGCAGCACAAUGUAAAUGUGAACAGUACUCUCUCACUUAAGAAAGCAGAUGCACAAAAUUAAAAAUCAAAGCUCCCAUAUCAGAAAUUUUAGGAAUUAAAAUUCCUAUGCAAUCAAAACAUUUGUAACUAAAAAGAAAAACCCACAACUUGUGAAAAAAGAUUUUGAUAAAGAUAUUUGUGGGUUAGAUCCGUAUCUGUUGCUUAGUUAUCAUUAGAAAAGUUAAACUGCUUUCCUAGGUUAUUGACUAAUUAAUCUACAAAAUUAUUUUAUAACAUACAAAAUUUGGUUUUAAAUCACCAAUUGUAGCAUUUUUCAAAAUUAGUAUCCUAUGUGAAUACAAAAUGUACUAAAUGCUCAAGUGUGAAAAUCUGUUACUAUGGAAAUAAGAAUCUUGGUGAAUUCUGGAAUAUGUAAUUUGAUAUUUUUUUUGCAUGAAAAUAAUAUAAUCUGUUUCUCAAUCCAGUGGUUUAGAUAUUUUCAUCUUUGUGAAAAACAAAGGAAGUUAGGAUUAUUCUGCUAAGAAAUCAGAGAACCUUGUAAUCACUAAACCAAUCUGUGGUUUUUAAAAAGAAAACUAUAUUAAGCAUUGUAUGCAAUAAAAAAUAAUUGUUGUUUGCAAUAUUUUACGUAUCCUUAACCACAAGUCAUUUGCACAGGGAAUAAAGAGGAAGGUCCAGACCUGAGCGUUUGCUGUCAUUAUUUCUUACAGACAUCCCAGCAUUGGUUUUUUCAGAAUAAUCUGAAAAUAACUUGGAAAUACUGUUUCACAGAGAGUUAAACAAAGCACAGAAACAUACUUCUCAAAAAGAAUUAAAGCUAUAAUGUGACCCAGAGUAUGCUUGACUUGCCAAAAGUCCUAUAACUAAUAAAUACUAACUGAACCCAAAUCAUUCAAUUCUAAGUCCCAAGUACUUUUGGAAUUUUCCAAAGAGAGAGGGGCCAACCACAGGUAGAGGCGGGUUGCAGAGCUCUAACCCUGGCUCUGCUACUAACUUUCCUGGACUUUUUCAAGUCAUUAAACUUCUCUGUGCCUUCGUUUCCUCUACUUCAUGGGGAUAUUUUGAAGAGAAAUAUAAGCCAACAGUUGAACUCUGGCAGAAAAGCACUGUAUGUACUUCAGUAUGUCAAUAAUUUCUUGUUCCCACCACAAGUUUCAAUUGACACUAAUAUCUUUUCUCUGGUUUUAGUUUUAAGCUUAAAAUAACACUCUGUGUGUGUGUGUAUGUGUGUGUGCGCCAGUGCUAUCUUUCAACAUGGCUGGCAUUCUAACAAGAUCCUCUGCUCAAACUUUUAAAACGCAUGAAAAGUAUCAUAACAUUAUAAUUCUUAGCAUCACCAAAGCCUCACAACCCAAAGCUGUGCAGAACAUUUUAGAAAUUCACAACAAAAUUUUCCACCACAUUACUCUCAACUUGAAAAAACGCAAUUCAAAACUCAUAUACUACUCAGCUGCCCCCCAUGAAGUUUAACACUACCAGCAGAAAAUUAUAAAAAUUAUACUGCUUUUAAAAAUUAUAAAAGAAUAGUUCCAAUUACAAAUUAUAAACUUAGCAUACAUUUUAAAAAAUGAAGAUCACCAAUAUUCCUAAAAUAAUGGAAAUAUGUAAUGAUCAAUAUGCUAGUAAUUCAGGCAUUUGCAAUGUCUUCUAUUUUGUCAACAGAUAUAGAAUCCAGCCACUUUAUAUACUGAAGUCUAAAAAAUUCUCAAUAUUGAGAAUACAAAAGUAUUUAUAGGUAAGUUAACAGAAAUUUCAUUUUAAAGUAAUACUUUAAGUUAAAUACUUAUACCAUUGUUUUCAUUCUUUCAACAGCAUAUCUAAACAUUAUUUAGCUUUAUAACUUAUGAAGACAUGUAACUAACUUCCUUUUUCCUUUACCAAUAUAUUUACCCAAUAACAUGAGCACAUAGCUACAUAUAAUACCUAGGGAAGGCACUUCAUUAAAAAUGCCCAAGUUAAAAACAGAAAUAGCCAGUUUAAAUAAAAUAUUAUGGCAAAUGGUCAGUAUAUACCUACUGAAUACAAAGGUUACCAAAGGUGAAGACUGAGUAGUAAUCUCGUAAUGCAUAUGAUUAAAUCUUUACACACUGAGACUAUGCUAAUAGCAAUGGAAUUUUAAAAAAAUAUUUUAGGGUAUAACCACCUUACAUCAAUCUGAUUAAUAUUUUGAAUGAAUGAAUACUGCACUUUUAACAGUGUUUAACACCUUGAGUUGUUCACGACCAUUUGGAAUACACAGAGAAGAUGACUUGAAUACAAACAAACUAGUUGAAAUUCAAUGUGGUUCACAGUAAAGAUGCAGUGGCUUUCUAUUUGUAGAACAAAGACUCUCAAUCAAAAACAUAUAUACAACUAAAAUAUUCUCAAGUGCAAUUAUCCAGGCUUUAAAAAGAAUAUAUACUUUUUACUAUGUAAUUUUUUCUUGCUCCCCCUCCACCUCCCUGCAUUUUUUAAUGUUUGGCAUAAGUGAACAACAAACCAGAAUAGAAAACACAUUUUUAAAAGACUAAUGUACUCCUAUUCUAUUUAAGAGCAACAUACAACCGCUUAUAAAUAUAGCCUUUUUAAAAAGCACCCUUAUAUAAAACAGUGAGGGGAAAAAUCCCUGCUAUACAUAUGAAGCACAGUUUAAGCCCAAUACAACUGACCAAUCAAAAUUAGUGAAUGCACUGCAUCUCUCUGCAGUGGAGAGAAGCCACAAGGUAGGCUGUCAUUCUGCAAAAGCUGCCCAGAACAGACUUUCCUCUGAAAAGCAGUGCCGUUCCUUUUUCGAAAGACUGAAUCUAAACGUUGUCUCUGGAGACAAGAAGCCUUCAGUAUGUUAAAUUACUUUCAUUACGUAUUUUCAAAUUCUUAUUGAUUGCCCAGUAGGAAGAGUGAGAGACUGCAGCAGGCUCUAAGCAGCACUCCAGGUUCCAUACAUUAGCAGGACUGCUGAAACAAUGGCACAGUACAGACACAUAUUUUCAUUAAGGUCUUUUCCGAAGAGAUGUUUAUGACCCUCUUCCCCCGGUCCUCUACUAACAAGUGAACAAAAUGAAUCAAUCAAAACUGGAAACGCUUCAACUACAUCAAGAAUUUAUCAAAUCUUUAGCGGAGGGCCCACAGCAGCUAAUUCAGUAUUUACAACUGACAAUGUGAAGAAUGCAUCUGAGCAAGCAUCUCCCCAGCCGUCUGAACCACAAACUGCAGGAUAUUCUUGUAACACAUGAUUUUAAGACACUAAGGAGUUAAAACCAGAGAAUACAGUCUACAUUACCACUGGGAUAUAACACAUCGACAGUAAUCAUCCUAAGAGAUGCUAUAUAAAAUAGCCACAAAAAGAAGAACAAUAUAACUGUAAAAGCCUGAAUACAAAAUGGUGAGCAUUUCUAAUGGGGGAGUUGAUACUUUAACACACCAGAAUCGUGGAGCUACUGAUUCUUGAAGAAACAAUGAAACAAGGACUGCCAAAAGGGGAAUGCCAAACGUAUCAGCAAGCUAAAUGAAGCUUUAGCAAGUAUUUUCUGCACUAAAUAAUCAGAUAUUCAUACCAAUUGAUAUUACUAAAGGAUUUUUCCAUCUGAGUAUUAUGACCAAUUAUGUAUCCUGUUCUAAUGAAAACAAACCAGAUUAAACAGCAGAUGGUUUUUAUCAAAAGAACGUGAACCGGACUUACAAUAUAAAGCAAGUUAUGUGAUCAAGAAAUCAUUUCAAAAUAAUGAGGACUGCUAUAGAAACAGACUUACAUUUGUAACAAAAGGAUGUCUAAACACAUUUUAGAAGCUAGAAACCUUAUGUUGCCUUUUUGUUUUCACAUGUUCUGGAAAAUAAAGAGACACCAUCAUAUAUUCCCUCAAAGGGAAACGAUUCCUAUCAUUUGCGGAAGUUUCUCUCGGUUGUGACUUUUUAAGGCAAAACAAACACAAAUACUUUGUACUGGUCUUUAGAAAUCCAUCAGCCAACUAAAUCUCACAAUUCAUACAGUUGAAGUAUUGGAGAGAAAUUGAAAGAAUUCCUACAGGACAUGAAAUAAAACACAGCUACUUCACUGUUGUCAGGGAAAAAACCAACUGCUCCAAAAGAAUGUGUUUUUCUCCCAUUCUGGAAAUCAACAUGCAGUCUGAAUCUAACAUUACAGUGCGAGAUGACAUUGAUGACAUCAACACCAAUAUGUACCAACCACUAUCAUAUCCAUUAAGCUUUCAAGUGUCUCUCACCGGAUUUCUCAUGUUAGAAAUUGUGUUGGGACUUGGCAGCAACCUCACCGUAUUGGUACUUUACUGCAUGAAAUCCAACUUAAUCAACUCUGUCAGUAACAUUAUUACAAUGAAUCUUCACGUCCUUGAUGUAAUAAUUUGUGUGGGAUGCAUUCCUCUAACUAUAGUUAUCCUUCUGCUUUCACUGGAGAGUAACACUGCUCUCAUCUGCUGUUUCCAUGAGGCCUGUGUAUCUUUUGCAAGUGUCUCAACAGCAAUCAACGUCUUUGCUAUCACUUUGGACAGAUAUGACAUCUCUGUAAAACCUGCAAACCGAAUUCUGACAAUGGGCAGAGCUGUAAUGUUAAUGAUAUCCAUUUGGAUUUUUUCAUUUUUCUCUUUCCUCAUUCCCUUUAUUGAGGUAAAUUUUUUCAGUCUUCAAAGUGGUAAUACAUGGGAGAACAAGACACUUUUGUGUGUCAGUACAAAUGAAUACUACACUGAACUGGGAAUGUAUUAUCAUCUGCUAGUACAGAUCCCAAUAUUCUUUUUCACUGUCAUAGUAAUGUUAAUCACAUACUCCAAAAUACUUCAGGCUCUUAAUAUUCGAAUAGGCACAAGAUUUUCAACAGGGCAGAAGAAGAAAGCAAGAAAGAAAAAGACAAUUUCUCUAACCACGCAACAUGAGACUACAGACAUGUCACAAAGCAGUGGUGGGAGAAACGUAGUCUUUGGCGUAAGAACUUCAGUCUCUGUAAUAAUUGCCCUCCGGCGAGCUGUGAAACGACACCGUGAACGACGAGAAAGGCAAAAAAGAGUCUUCAGAAUGUCUUUAUUGAUUAUUUCUACAUUUCUUCUCUGCUGGACACCAAUUUCUGUUUUAAAUACCACCAUUUUAUGUUUAGGCCCAAGUGACCUCUUAGUAAAAUUAAGGUUGUGUUUUCUAGUCAUGGGUUAUGGGACAACUAUAUUUCACCCUCUAUUAUAUGCAUUCACUAGACAAAAAUUUCAAAAGGUCUUGAAAAGUAAAAUGAAAAAACGAGUUGUUUCCAUAGUGGAAGCUGAUCCAAUGCCUAAUAAUGCUGUAAUACACAACUCUUGGAUAGAUCCUAAAAGAAACAGAAAAAUUACCUUUGAAGAUAGUGAAAUAAGAGAAAAAUGUUUAGUACCUCAGGUUGUCACAGACUAGGAAAAGGUCUAAGUUUCACCCAAACUCACCUUCAAAAGUUUUAAAUUUAAAUUGUAAAAAAUAAAAUUACUGCCAAAUAUGAGAAAAAACAUUUUAAGUAUUGGUUAUGUUGUAAAUUUUCAAUGUAAAUGUCAAGAUUAGAUUAGGUCAUAUAUAUUCAAUUUCUUCAUUACUUAAUGUAUUUGUUGCAUGGCAGUUUGUUAAAGUUAAUAUCAUAUGUAUAUUUUGUCAAUAUUAUGUCCAUCAGAAGAUAUUCAUGUAAGUCAUAUUUUCUAAAGAAUAAAUACAUAGCCUUAAAACAGUGUAUAACUUUAAAAUGUAACUGACACAGUUAUCCUUGCUUUUGAUUUUUUUAUAAAGUGUAUUGUUUCUAAGCCACAAACUAUGGAUAUAUUUAUAUGAUGACAACUGGAAUAGCAUUUUGACAGGAACCAAAAUUACGGGCUCCAAACAAUCAAAACAGUCUAGGAUUUUCUGUACCACUAUAUUACGUUUUCUAGCAUAGUCUAAUUGCUAUAAUAUUUGAUGCAUCAGAAAUAGUGAACUAUGUAUGAAUCUUUAUCCUUUUUGAAUGUAGAAAACUGUAGGAUUUAUCAGGAUUUUAAAAUUCAGGAACCAAAAGAACAAACAACUCUGUAUAUGCACACCAAGAUAAGGCAACUUUGAAAUUCUAGUUUAUUAUGAAAAAGAGAUUGAUUUUCUAAGAUCAAGGGCACUUUGCCUAUAAUAUACAAAUGAACUGACAAUAAAAGGAGGGAAGAGAACUAAAGCACCAGCCUCUUUCUUCCCUCCUCACUUUGCUUGAGUCUAAACCAAAGGCUCUGGGUUAACACUGUAAACUGGUACAAACCAGUGCAUUAAAAUAAACUGACUUGCUAACUUUAUUUAAGCUGGACUUUUUGUAUAACAGAAGUUAACUAUUAAAAUCUGAAUACAAGGAAGAAAAUAAAGACUUUACAUCACUGUAGAAAAGCUUAACAAAGCCAACUAUUUCUAGCCAAACACAUAUCUAAAAUGCACAGCAACUUUAGGGAAAUACAGUUUGCACAAUGCUCCUGCACUAUCAUAAUAGCUUCCAAAUGUUUCAAAACAUAGUUCUACUUCCACUCUGAAAAUCAUUAAAAUGGCAAUAAAUCUUAUCAAUUACUUUACACCACUUAAUUUAAGCAUUUUGUGUCCAAUCCUCAAUUCAUGUUCAAAAACUAUGAAAUUACUAAUCCUAACUAUAGAUAUCACGUUUGAGAAUUUCAUACCAAAUAUUUUCCUAUUGUUACAAUCUAGUAAUCUAUCAAUGAGUGCUAAUUAUCACUGAUUCAGAAAAAUAGCAAUAAGUUAUUUAAAGUAGGCAAAUACUACCUUAUAAUUGGUUAGCUGGACAAUUUUUUUCUUUUUUUAAUACUAUAUUCACUAAAUCAAGUAGCAACUCCUUUUUAAGUAAAAAAAAUUUUUAUGUCUAAUAAUUCAAUAAUAUAACACUUUUACAUAAAUAAAUGAGAUUCAUCCAAUCUAGUUUACCGAAUACACUAAUCCUUGGGGAAAGGAGCACCACGCAAUAGCUUGAAUUCACUGAGGUUACA